CAGACGAUCCAGGCUUGUGAGCAGGCCGCAGACAGACGGGUGGUUCAGACGACAGACGGCAAACUCACCCCCCACAACUCUUCUCACAGACAUCUUGUUGUAAAGGUGUUCAUAUCUACUCUCCACCGGUCCGCGCAACGAGACGAACCUGAGAAAAACGCCACCAGACCGACAUGGAGUCUAAACCCGCUCCUCUCGCCGUCUGCUUGGCUGUGGUUUCCGUGUUCAUCGCCCAACAUGGCCGGGUUAGAGGACAACUCUCCCCACCUGUGUGUCAGACCUGGAACUCAACAACUGUCGUGUGUAAAGGGGAUCCGGACUGGCCGUAUACUCAAACCUGUGCGCCUCUAACCCGAGUACCUCCCGGCAUCCCCGAGUCUGUCAUCACGGUGGAUCUCAGAUGGAACAACAUAACUAUACUGUAUAACGGCUCGUUUAGUGGGUUAAGAAACCUGAGAUCAUUAGACCUGUCUACUAAUCCUAUACAGACUAUCGAGGUCGGUGCGUUUGCAGGGUUAGAAAAAUUACAACAUCUAGAUAUUAAAAAUUAUUAUGAACAAAUGUUUCCUCUUCAAAAUGGAAUGUUCCAAGAUCUGCGAAACCUGAACUAUCUGACUGUGGAGACUCACACCGAUACAGUCGCCAGUGAGGGAGUGUUCACGGGAUUAUCUAUACUCAGGCAUUUACGACUCGGCGUGAAAAAUAUCAGCAAUUUAGUAAUAUCCGAUCAUAUUUUUGAUCCUUUGACUUCAUUGGAAAGUCUAGAGAUAGUCGGCGAUUACAUAGAAGAUGACCUAGUCCACAGCGGAAGUGGGUUCUUACAACGACGCCUGCUGUGGGCACCGCUGCACAACCUUAAAACAUUGAGUCUCCUUUACAUGUAUCAUUGUGUACAUGUUACAUGUAUAAGGGACAGUGACUUGUACUUUGGACCUGUAUUUACAACUAUGUCUAGAUUAGAGACUAUAGAAAUAUACAUGUAUGAUAAAACUUCGGUUUCUCUCAAUGCUCAAAUGUUCCGGCCGUUAUUACCGACUGUGAAACAUUUACGCGCUGCCGCUCCUAUAGCUCCCGGCCUGCUGAAGUCACUCACACAUCUGCAGACGCUGGACUAUGGCACUUUUUCAAAUCCCGCCAUUAUGGACGUUCUGCCUGAACUCCGACACACGCAGAUUCGGGAGUUGUCAUUAGACGUGGUGAAUACGGACAAAUUAACAUCUGAUACUCUUGCGGGAAUAAAAGGCUUGAAAAGUUUGAAAACUUUGAUUUUUCGCCACGGCUCAUUUGUCGUCAUAGAAGCUAACGCCUUUGCGGGUUUGUCACAUUUGCUAAGGCUGGAUCUGACGCAGGGCUUCUUCCCCUUCGAGGGCGUCCUCGAGACGUUAACUUUACACGACAAGGCGUUCAGCGGAUUGUCCUCACUAACUCAUCUUACCUUGACACAAAACUUGAUUUCUACUUUACCACAAUACGUGUUUGAAGGACUGUCCUCGCUCACUCAUCUUGAUUUGAGCCAGAACGAGUUGGAGACCUCCCACGCUCAGCUUCCAGAGACCUUGGACUAUCUUGAUCUCAGUCACAAUAAGUUACACAACGAAGUUCGUGAAUGGCCAUGUUACAACAUAUCAUUUAACUUCAGUGAUAUAAAAAGCGUGAAUCAUCUGAAUUUGAGUCAUAAUGAAAUUGAAGAAGUUCCCGGCGUCGAUUGUUUCCCUCUGAAUAUCACUGUGCUUGAUUUGCAACACAACAGACUGGGAAGAUUCACCCUUCCACUCUGCAUUGCGAGUUUACGGUAUCUCGACCUUUCUAACAAUGAACUCGAUGAUUUUUUCGUUGACCUUCAAUUAUAUAUUUGUGAGCAAUCAGUCAUAGAAACACUUAGGUUGGAUAACAACGGUAUAACAGAUAUACAAGAAGGAUUACCAGAAAAAAUAAAGAGAAAAUUAAAAACGCUGACUCUUUCUCAUAACCAAAUCCAACGUAUCGAAACAGGACAACUGACAUGGUCGGACCAGCUGGAACAUUUGGAUCUGAGUCAUAACGAGAUCAACACCGUCAUGCCAUCCGCCUUCCGUGGACUAUCGCGGCUACAAUUCCUGGAUCUCAGUAACAACAAGCUAAAGAAUAUAUCUAAGUCAACAUUUGAAGGUUUAGGCAACCUUACACAUCUAAACCUGGAAGCCAACAGGAUAGCAGUGAUUGGGGACGCCUUUCAGCGUCUGUACGGGUUGAGGUAUCUGGAUCUGAGGAGCAACAGGUUGGCUGUUCUAAAUCAAACAACACUGAAUCCUGUUGUCUUCCGGUUAGAGACUAUCGACAUUGCAGACAACCCGUUUCUGUGUGACUGUAAGUUAAUGUGGUUUGUCGAGUGGGCCCUGGAUAAAUACGACAGGGUAGCGAACUUCCACAACCCCUAUCCUGACGUCGGUCGAGGGUACACAUGUUCCCGUCCACCUGGAUUGCGUGGAAGACGUUUGAUAGACGGGCUGACGCAGAAACAACAAUCUAAGGACAGACAGGAUCCAUCAGAACGAAAGUUCUUUGACAUAGCCUGUAGUCAUGGAUUCCGGCCCAACCGCCUCCUGGCUUGUGUGCUCGCCUCUUCGGGCAUCUUCGUCGCCAUGACGACCAUUUUCCUGGUCGACUACCACAUCGGCCGUGUUCAGUACUACCUGUGGAUGUUGGACAAGUGGAGGAGACCGAAGAUUGGCGAAGUAAAGAACCAAGAGCAGCACAGAUACACGCAAGAUGCUUUUCUUGCCUACAACAACCGGGACGUCGGCUGGGUUAUACAUCAAGCGAUAGGGAAUCUGGAACCUGACUACAGUCUGGUCUUACACGAAAGGGACUUUGCAGUGGGCGCUCCCAUUGUGGAAAACAUCGCGGAUGCCGUGGAAAACAGCCGGAGAACCGUCUGCCUCAUCACCAGGAACUUCCUGAAGAGUAAGUGGUGCGAGUACGAGUUCCAGCUGGCCCAGUACCACAUGUUUGAGGAGGGGGGAGGGAGGCGUCUCAUCCUGGUGUUUCUGGAGAGGAUUCCUAACGAAAUGCUGAAACAGUUCCGCCAUCUGAACGCCGUAGUGAAGAGGGACACGUACCUGAUGUGGCCAGACGACGUGCGGAAAAGGCCGCUGUUCUGGAGGCGGCUGCGAGACGCUCUGGGCGAUCCUCUACCACGGGACCCAGAGCCUCAGCAGCAGGUACAGGGUCCGGAACAGAACGCUCCGGAACGGAACAUUCCGGAAGAGCCGGUACGGAACAUUCCGGAACAGCAAGAACAGGCCCAAGUAAGAAACGUUGUGGAAGUGCAGGUCCAUGCCCCCAUGCGGGACAUUCGGAACUGCAAGAUGAAAUUCUAUUACCAGAUCCAGACGACCAGUGGUUCGGAGAUGGGGAUGACGUGCCCCUUCUACCUCUGUAGAUAAAACUUACCGUGUCACCAGACUGUUAUUGCUUGGGAGUGCAUAUUUUGUGUUGUUAUUCAAAAAAAUUUUAUCUUUUU